AUGUGGGGCAAAUAUGCGGCCCAAAUAAUUCUCGCAGGGGCGCGCCUUGUAGGUAGAGCAUUUGGGCAAGCAUUGAAGGAAGAGUAUGCGACCAGUCAGCAGUAUGCAAAGGCUCGCCAAGGUCAGUCCAGUACAACGAACGACUCCAAAGCUGAUUUUAUAACGGGAAUGACGCUUGAAGAAGCCAAAAACAUACUCAAUGUCAAGGAUAUACACAAUCCUAAUAUCAUGAGCAAAAAUUUUGAGUACCUCUUUAAAGUCAAUGACAAAAAAGUCGGAGGAUCAUUAUACCUUCAAUCCAAGACUCCCAACAAAUUGGAGGGAAUAUCACCUAUAGAAGUUGUCUAA